AUGAGAUUUGAAGAGAUUGAGAGCACCCAGGCAGAGAUUAGGAGAGAUAUUGCUGGUUUGAGGAGCCAUCAGGAUGGAUAUAGGGCUCGCAUUGAGAGUAGAUUUGAUGACCUUUUUAGGAUGAUAUGUAUUGUUGUAAACACUUAUGUUCUUUCUAUCAUAUGUUUGUGUGACAAGCUACCGUAUUCUAUUAGGAUUCUUCUUGAGUCAGCCAUCCGGAACUUUGAUAACUUCCAGGUCACAAAGAAUGAUGUCGAGAAGAUUAUUGACUGGGAGAAUACCUCCCCAAAGCAAGUUGAGAUUCCAUUUAAGCCUGCAUGUGUUCUUCUGCAGGAUUUUACUGGUGUGCCAUCUGUUGUCGAUCUGGCCUGUAUGCAAGAUGCUAUGAACAAGCUAGGAAGUGAUUCUAAUAAGAUCAAUCCAUUGGUUCCAGUAGAUCUUGUGCUUUGCCGUUGCUACAUUCUUAUAUGUGCUGGUUGUCUUCUGAGGAUGAAGUUGAAAAGACUCUAGACGCAGAAAGUGUUGUUUCAAUUUUAAAAGGUGAGAAGAAGAAUCUGCGUCGAAAAGAGAAGCGUGCUAGGAUCGACCAAAUAAGAGUAACCCUUGGCCUUUCGGAUUCACAAAGAACUCCAAUGGUACUUCAUUUUCAUCCCAAAGUAUUAAAAUUUCUUCUAGGCUUAACUUUGAACCUUUGGUGCCUGAUUUUAGCUUUAUAUCCACAGGAUCAACCCUUCAUUGAUAUAAAUUGUAUCCAUAGCAUCAACCCUUCAUUGUUAUUGCGAUAUAUUGUAUCCAUAGCAUAAACUCUUAUUCAAAUCUAUAUAUUAGCUAGGCACAAGAAUGGAAGCAUCAAUGUGCAGGGAAGAGUUGGACAUGCCAAAUUUAAAGUUAGACAUGCUAAAUUUCAGAAGUUUUAACUUUUAAUAUGAAUUGUAAGACCAUCCAUCCACGGAAAAACUCAUUGAUAAUUGUAACUAGUAAGAGAGUAUUCAAAUGUUUACUAGAUGGAAAUGGUAAUGUGUUAAAAUAUUGUUGCUUAAGUAUACAGGUAAAAAUAUUGAACGCUCGCAAUAGAACUGAAGUACUAGUGGUCUUUGGUAUGGCUUGAGAUGGAUAUCAGCAAAAUUUUAAACUUGACAGAAUGGUCAUUGUUCUAACAUUUAUGUCCGAUGAAAUAUUAUUCCAGACAGAUAGAUGCAAUGAUUUUUUGUCCCUCUUAAGUAUAUUAAAAGAUGAGAAAACGUAUAAUUGCAUAUGACAAUAAUCAAACCUAACCAUUUAGUACGAGGCCUCUUAAUUUAUAUUUGCAUAUGACAAUAAUCAAACCUAAUAUUUUAAAGUUAGGCCACUUAUGUAUAUUUGCAUAUGACAUAAUCAAACCUAACCUGUUACUAACUUACUACAAGAAUUCUUCACGGACUGCAAAAUAAAAAUUAUAAUAUAUGUGAAAUGUUUAUAAUAAUAAAAAUUAUAUGAUAAAGGAAAAUAACAAGCAUGUGGAACUUAAUAUUUCCAGAACAUUCCAGGGCAUUUUCUGUUGAUGUGUUCUUCCAGAACUGACUGGCUUGAAUUUGAGUUCUAAAAAUUUAAGCUGGUCCAUCCAUUUUCAUCCGUCGCACUAUUUUCAUCCUUUGCUGCUGUAUAUUUAUCUCCGAGGCAUAAGUGGCAGCAUGCAUCCAUUUUUUUUGUGCCAAAAGCAUGUAUACACAUAACAGACACAUGUAUAGUCUCAAAUUCCGUGGUAUACAACACUGUUCACAACCUGUCAUCUUAUUUUCGUUGCUACUUUUACACCAAAGUGAGUCACUUGCAUGUUUAAAUGGUUUGAGCACCUUUUUGCAUUCGAACCCAAUAGAUUGUUGCGUUCCCCCAUAAUUUACUUUUACAUUUAGAGCAUGUUUAGAGUUUCAUUGAUGCAAAUCAGCAAGCUGCUGCAUGAUGAUGAUUGAGUGGUUGUAAAUAUUGUGGUGAGACAUCUUUCAUUAGGUAGAAUAAUUGACAAGUUUUCCCUUUCAGUCUAAAUUCUUCUAGGUUCUUCUUGUCGUAAUCCUGUCAACAAAUCCCUUUGAACUCAAUAUGCAAGGAAUUUCAAAAUAUAUACAGUUAUUCCGUGAUUUGGUCACAAUUCCAUAAACGGUUUAAUAUUCUACUGGUGAUUUACAUGUUCUGUAUCUA